AUGGAUCAUUUAUCGAUCUGUGCUUUUUUUCUAGUCGACACACCAGAUCCAUAUGUAAAGUUAUUUAUCCCUACUGCUCCGAAUGGACGGAAGAAAACACAGACGGUAUCCAACUCUGAAAACCCUGUUUGGAACAAGGAAUUCAAGUUUCUCAUCGACAAAGAGUUGGAGAACGUUUUAUGUGAGUACAACUUCCUGCAGAUGGAACUGAUUUUAAACUUUAAGAACGGAAGAUUUCUCUUUUCUUUCACUGUCUUCUUAAUCAUCAACUUGGUUUUGGUUUUCUCUUCCUCAGAUAUUACACUGAUGGAAGAUGAUACAUUUAGUGAUGAUUUGGUCGGGGAAACAGAGACAUUUCCCUUGAGUGGUCUGGAAAUCGAUAGAAUUUUGCGCAAAACUUUCGUAUUUCGACAGGUACUGAUUUUGUUUACAGUUUAGGAAAUUGUGUAACGAAUUAACGAGACCAAAAGUAUUGUAAACUGUCAUUUUCAUCUGCAAGUAUUUCCGUGAUUAUUUUUGUCAGAAAGUCUAGAUUAUGUUUACACUGAUUGAUGUUUAUUGUUUAACUGGUGGUGAGGAGUGUGUACUGAUAUCUGUUUUACGACGUAGGUACACUUCUGUGUUUUACAUAUCAGUGAUUGAAAAAAAUACAGCACAAUUUAGAUAGAAAUUUCUUGUUUGUACUAACCAAUCCACUUUUUACUCGGACUUUAAGCUCGAUUAGAAUUUGUGUCAAAAUUGUGAAAUGUCUUCAAACAGUUCUAACGUUGUCUACUUCUUUCUUCAUUUUUGCAUGCAGACUUCAGAGGUGGACAUUACGCUCGAGCUUAAAAACUGGUAAAUUUUUCAUUUUGUCUUAUUAAAGGUCAUCCUUCCAUCAAAAAUGCAAACAGUAAACUAAAAAUGAUGAUUUGCAUUAUAGUGCAGAGCCCCGUGACAUGCGAUACAGCUUGAAACUAUGUGAGGAUGAAAUCGAUUUUCGAGAGAACAGGAUGCCUUUCUUGUUUCAAGCGAUGAGGAAGCUUCUCGGACCAAGAGGACCAAAGAGUAUGGAUGAGGUUAGCCUAUUUUUCUAUUUUUUUCCGUGUAAUUUCUUUCUCACGAACACCUUUAGAAGUCAGGCUCGGUCAAGCGUUUGAGGUAUUCAGAUAAACAAUAUUUUCGUUUUUCAAUAACUUUUUUGUGUUUGUACAUUGACAACAUUCAACAACUUUCGGCACUUUAUGGUAUGAGGUACUAAAGCAUUAACAAAUUUAAGGUAUAUUUUUAUCUCGUGGGGUACAAAUCCCUACCUACCCUCCCCUAUCCAACCCUUCCCACCUCUGGUCCAGCUCGUCGAUUGCUGAACGGGUGAAUGUGAAGUUCCCAGGAACAGAUGAACAUGAGGUUUCUGAUGGUAACCAAUUUAAAGUAUUUGGAGACAGUGUCAAAUUAAAGCUCAAAGAUAAAUUGCAUUGGUUUGUCUUACUUAUUCAUAGUCGUUAUUUCCUCCUAGAUACCAACUGUGGGUAUUGUUGGGUCCGGAGGUGGUUUUCGAGCCAUGGUUGGCCUUAGUGGUGUGUUUUGUGCGCUAGAAGAUAUGGGUGUGUUGGACUGUGCCAUGUAUGCCGCGGGAUUGUCAGGAUCAACUUGGUAAGUUUAUACAAAAGACAAUAGUCUCUCGAACAGAAGACAGUCUACCGUGUUAUACAUAAGGGGCUUAACCUGGAUCUGUUUUUCCCAGCAAAAACGAUAUAGCUUGAAACUGCAAGGAGAAAACUUUUGUCGAUAAAAACGACCUCAAAGAAGACAGGGAAAGGUAUUCUUGGAACGAAAACAAUUGCGUUUCAGCGUAAGUAAAAAGAUUAAAAAAAGAUUUUGAUGCAAUCAAAAUAUUCCGCCUUAUUGUUCCUCUUUCACCUGUAAUUUUAUCUUAGUUUGUAAUGAAAUCCGUCGUGCAUGCAAAAGAAUCAGCAAAAAAAAAGGGUUGAUUUUUGCACACCACGCGGGAGUGUGGAAGUGAGGCACAUAAAUGUUACGGUUGCUCCUUUUCGUGCGCCUUACCUCAAGAGUUCCGCGCGGCGCGCUAACAUCAAUUUUCUUUUCGCUGUUUUUUUGCGCGAUGUAUCACGACACAUUGUUAACCUUUUACAUACUUUAGGUACCUCUCCACGUUGUAUUCUCAUCCUGAAUUUCCAAAUAUCCAUCCAAAGAAAGUGAUGGAACAGCUGAGGCAAAAUGUGCAACACAACUGGAUCUGGAUGUUGACACCUUCGUGGUUGUACAAGCACAUCAAGAUCAUCCAUCAGAAAAAAAUACUAGGCCAGCCAAUCAGUUUUACCGAUUUCUUUGGCUACCUCGUGGGUGAAACCAUCUUGAGAGACGUAAGUAUUGAUUGAAAUCCUAUUAAUCCUUUUCAGAUUAAUAACUGUAAUAAUAAUAGGACAAAAAGAUGCCACAAACCGUGCAGAACCAUACACAGGUUCAUUUUAGGUCUCACCGCAGACGCUACUACAUCGUGACGCCGGUUUUUAGAUUUCAAUUUGCAUUCAAUGUAUGAUCACGCUCAGUCUGUGAUCACCCUGUUGUCGAAGGGUUUGCCGUCUAAUCUAAGUCUGCUAAUAAUAUCUUAGUUGAAAGCGUGUUUGUUGAAUAUGUUAAGAAGACAGGUGUUUCCUUUUCAGCCGCUCUUUAAGUCUGCCAAAUGUAAGAGCCGUAAUUGUUGUUAAGUAAUUGUUUUUUUAAUUUCGUUUUUAGCGCAAAAAUAUUCCGAAACUGAGCGAUCAACGUGGCGCAGUCAAACACGGGAACGUUCCCCUUCCGCUUUACACAUGCGUGCACGUAAAGAAUGAUGUUUCGGCAAAGGCAUACAAUGGUAAGUUUUCAAAUAUCGUUCGUUUAAGUUGCGCCAUAUUGUACAGCAAUUCCAAAUAGGCAUAGACAAAUUUAGUGUGAUAGUAAUACAAGAAUCAUGGAUAGUGUGAAAUUUUGGAUGCGUAAAAAUUGUGGAAUUAACGCGGAGCAGUUAGAUUGAGGAAAUGAUGAUAAAGCCGUGAGUAAAAUAUAUCACUACUGAUCUUGGAGAGACCAAAUCAAAUUAUCGAUAUUGUAACAUAGAACUGCAUGCGUACUUCACUAAAAAAUGAUAAAGAUAUCAAAAGUGCAAAAUAUUAUGAAACUUGAUCAAAGAGAUGAAAACAGCGUAAGAACUCUGUCAUUAGCCUCGACGUAGUAAGAGUCAGUUGUUGUCAAGUUGUAAAUGCGUCAGCUUGUAUGAUACGUUCUUUUUACAACAGAAUGGAUGGAGUUUAGCCCUUAUGAAAUAGGAAUGGCUAAAUAUGGCACUUUUAUGAAAACGGAGGAUUUUGGAAGCAAGUUUUUCUGUGGGCACCUUCACACAAAGUAUCCUGAGCCUCCACUUGAAUAUCUACAAGGUUAGUAACACUUAAACAACUCUCCUGUUUUUUGUUUUUUUUUACUUUCAAGAAGAAGAUGAUUUUGUCUGGGUUCGUGGGGAUGCUAAACUGUAGAUUAAUAAAUAUAGUCUCAAGCUGUAGCUGGGGUGAUCAAAUUUAACGGAAACGUACGGCCUCUUGCCAUAACCAGUAUAAGGAGGUUACAACCUGAAAACGUCAAUAUAAGUUAAUUAAAAACUUUUGUUGGUGACCUCUCGUGGACUUAUACUCCAUUUAGGGUUUCAUAUAGGUCGCCAUUUUUUCAAGGAUCGACAAGUUGAAAAAUUAUUAUAUCUGGGAUGUAGGCAGAGUACAAGAACAUUCUUUUUAGGGGAAGAUAUGCAAGUCAUUUUUUCUGAGAAAAAAAAUUCUUGCAUGUAACAUUUGAGCUUAAAAAACAUUUGCAAAGCUUGAAAAUUUCCCUUCCCUCCCCUCCCCCACGAUAAGCUCCUUGAAUAUUAUGUUCUGUCACAAAGGUUAUCAGGUAAAGACGAUCUAAAUUGAAUUGCAAACGGAACCAAGCGUGUUUAAUAUACCAAGCUGACAUUCCAUCUUUCUCAUUGCAUUUCGUAGGCAUCUGGGGCAGUGCCUUCACCAUUUUACUGCAACGCAUGCUCGGUGAGGGUCAAGCACCGAGUGCAAUUAGAAAAUUUCGCCGCAGCUCCUCCAGUAUGAGAGAGGACUUACGUAUGUAUCUCCUUUGCUAUAAUUGUGGCUAAAAAUUACCCUUUUAAGGCUCUAAAGUCUAUGUCAUGCGAAUUUUCUGGAAUGUGACUAUUAUUUAUAUAUGUAUUUGGCUUUGCUGCAAGCGCUCUGUGAUGGAUUAAACGAGGACUCGGCAGCCAAUCAAAUAUCUUGCCCGCACUAAAGGCUUAGUGCGUUAAAUAAUACGAGGUUUUUACAAAAAAUAUCCCUCCAUCCCCCAGAUAAGAUUCUGUAUCCAGACAACGGACACGAUGACGAGGAAAGCGACAGUGAAGAUGAGGAACAUGGCGUUGAUGGUCUAAAAGAAGUACCAGUCUUUGAUGAAGAAGACAUGGAAGAACCAAAGGAAGAUCAUAACGAUCCUGGAUUGUUGGGCAGAAUAGCGCAGAGAUUUAUGAACAAGUUCCCUGUGCUACAAACUCGCUCCGGCCGCGCGGGAAGGGUGCAUAAUUACUUGCGUGGUCUAGGGCUUGCGUUCGCUCCAGUCCCCUCCGGUGAGUCACCGUCGUUUGCUGAGUUAAAAGCUAAAAGCAAUGAAUUAUUUUUUCUCAAACGUAAAAACAGUCCGUAAACAGUUGUCGGUUGUUAGUGGUUGUCCGGGAGAACCAGUGCAAAAUUACAUCCGCAGGAAACUCAGAGUGAGCAUAACCUUCCUUACAUCGCAAUUUUUUUAUAGUCUUGUAAUACAUAUUUUCACGCAGAAUCUGAAGACGUCACUGAUACCGCUGACCAUCCUACCCUGAAGGCUAAGCGCAUAUACCUGGCUGACAGUGGGCUCGUGUUCAAUUCUCCGUAUCCAUUGGUUAUAAGACCCCAGCGGGGAUGCGACGUACUCCUGUCAUUUGACUUCAGUGCAAGGGACAAAGAGAUAGAGAUGCCCUUUGAGGUGAUUUAAUUGCAUCUACCUAAGCUUUACUCAUAUAUAACAAGAUAAAUAUUUGACAACUUACUUCCUCUCUAGGCUCCUUAGUGUUUUCGAAUCAAGGUUAGUAUCGAGCAACUGAGCAUAACCCAACAACAGUAAACAGGACAGGAUUAAUGUUGGGCAAGACAGGGUCAAUGUUGGGUAAGACAGGAUCAAUGUUAGGCUAAGGGAGCGUAAGGUACGCAGUGGUUCAGAUACUGACAAUGAUCCCUGUUUCCCCCUCAUUUUGGUCAAGUUUAAUCUAUUUCUUGGGCGCAUUUCGGUCAAGUUUGUAGACCUCAAGUUUUAUAGAAGUCGUUCUCGAUAAAGAAGAAAUGGUGAAACAGAAGCUGACAGUAUUGCUGAUUGAUAACAAUCCUCUUUUAAUCUUCCAUAGGAACUUUUGCUGGCAGAAGAAUGGGCACGAAAGAACAAAUUGAAAUUCCCUCCCAUUAAUGCCGAGGAACAAUACCAGAAACAUGGUCUGAAGGAGUUCUAUGUGUUCUCAGAUCCUGAAGACCCAGAAUGCCCCGUAGUCAUACACUUUGUGUUGAUGAACGGCUCUUUCAAAGACCAUAGCCGUCCAGGUAUGUUCGGUCACAUGAUCUACCCCAAGAAAUUCACCAAAAAGCAUCCCUAACAAACUUACUCAGUUGACUUUUCAUAGCAACACUUAUCACCCAAAAUUGGUUGGCUUCCCUGACCAACAUUAAAAAAAAAAUGUCUAUUUAUUCAUUACUUUUCUCCGUCCACCAACCUGUCAGGAACCGGUCAUUAUUUAUCGUCUGGGAAGGGGGUGUGGGUCAGAGAAUUUUAGUUGUGCCACAAUAAAUUUUACCUGAUCCCACCCCCCCUCCCCCCAUGGUUCUGUAGUAUCCUAAUGAUCCUCCCUCAUUGGCAGUCAAUUUUCUAUAGUCCCCCUUCCUUUAUACACUGUUAGUGACGUCUGAUACGGUGAUAUCCCCUCCACUCCCCCCUGAAAACCAUGUGAUCCCAAAAAAAUAAUGACUAAAUAAUGGCUGGUCUCCAAGACAAAACGCCAAUGCUAAACAAGAAGGAAAAGCAAAAGAAGAAGAGACUCAUUCUCAACUGCACAAUUUUAGCUCAUCUGGACUAUGCAUUGCGGCUGCCAGUCCAAUAUAUCUCCCAUAUAUCAUUUGCUGAUGUUUUGCGGUUUGACCUCCCCAGGUGUACCUCGCAAAACCUCUUCAGAAAAGGAAUUCGGAGCAUUCGCAAUUUUUGAAGACCCUGAUAAUCAUUACAGCACAUUCAACUUCCAUUACCCUCACAAAGCAUUUGAUCGCUUGACUCAGCUGAUGGAAUUCAACACACUAUUGGCGAAAGAAACCAUCAAAGAUGUUAUAGCUGAUGGCGUCAGAAGAAAACGUCAGCUGAAAGCGAUGAGGAGUUCGAGAUAA